AUGAAGGGCGGGGAACAUGAACUGCCACUGGAAUAUGAGGCACCCCUUUAUUCUCUACCUUCCCCCCGUCAUGCUCUAUGCUGUAAUAUUUACAUCCCCCCCAUCAUUCUCUAUGCUGUAAUAUUUACAUUCCCCCGUCAUUCUCUAUGCUGUAAUAUUUACACCCCCGUCAUUCUCUAUGCUGUAAUAUUUACAUCCCCCGUCAUUCUUUAUGCUGUAAUAUUUACAUCCACCAUCAUUCUCUAUGCUGUAAUAUUUACAUCCCCCCGUCAUUCUCUAUGCUUCCAUGCUGUAAUAUUUACAUCCCCCGUCAUUCUCUAUGCUGUAAUAUUUACAUCCACCCGUCAUUCUCUAUGCUUCCAUGCUGUAAUAUUUACAUCCCCCGUCAUUCUCUAUGCUGUAAUAUUUACAUCCACCCGUCAUUCUCUAUGCUGUCGCCAACCAGAACGAUGGGGAUGGUGGACCCAGCAAAUAGUGACACCGAUUAUCGUUCUUAUCGGAAUUGGCGGGAAUAUAAUGUCGUUUUUACUAAUGAAGACCAAAUCCCUCCGAAAGAAAUCCUACAGUCAUUUUCUCUGUGCUUUAGCAGUAUUUGACAGUCUCUGUUUGAUUAAUCGACAGAUAGCAUUGAUACAUCAACUCAUGCACGAUAAAAAGAAAGAUGGAGUCUUUACAAAUUAUAGCGACAUCUCGUGUCAAAUUUAUAGCUUUUAUGAGCACGUGUGUUAUCUGAUGUCAUCAUGGCUAAUUGUAGGAAUGGCUGCCGAGCGAGUUGUAGCGAUGUGCUUGCCGUUUAGAAAGACAAUAUUGAGAACGCAAACCGGAGCAAUCGUGAUGAUCAUUUCAACUUUUAUUCUCAUGUGCAUAUCUCAAAUAUUCCGUUUCAUAAUGAUAAAAAAUGUCGGGGGUAACUGUGAAGGCGAUAUGGAAACACAUUCAGAGUAUUUGAAUCUACACAUUUAUUUUUACCAGUUUACAUUGGUUCUAACAUUGCCGUUUAUACUGGUACUUGUCUGUAACAGCCUAGUUAUCUAUCAGAUACAUCGAGUGAGAAAGGCUGCCGGUAACACGAGAUCUCGCGUUGUCGAACGAUCUCACAAAACCACGUUGAUGUUACUUGCCAUCUCAUUUACAUAUCUAGUAACCAUGCUCCCUCUGGUGGUAAUAUCAUUUGUAUGGCAGGUAACUUUAGAGAACCAGGACAUAGAGAUGGUGUUCUUUCUUAUGCCUUUUCAAUCGUUUGUCUCCGUUAUAUCAUACUGUAAUUAUGGUGUGAAUUUCUUUAUAUACAUUAUGUCUGGUCGAUCUUUCCGACUUGAACUCAAGAGGGUAUUCCGAAGAGAACGACAUCUUAGUAUGUCUUCUACAAGAACAAGAGAGGAGGUAAUGAAGCUUCAAUAAUCAGUUUAUGACAUACACUAAGACAUAUGCGUGACAUAUCGUUUGACGUGUUAUUCGGUGUGACAUAUAAUAUAACAUGUUUGGAAUCGAAGUUAACUUUCUGAACGACUAAAAUUAACAUCACUCGUCGCUAUUUCGGCCGAUUCCUUACAUCUAUCUAAAGAACAAGGGAGAGCACCGGAUUCACCCGAGGGUUGCCGAUUGACAAUAAUAUGUCAUUUUUUUGUGCAUGCGCAUAUCAAAUAAUAUGUUGUAAUAUAAUUACAAUGUAAAUUAUAUGGUUUCUGCUGUUAAACCGAUGGUUGUUUGUAAAAACCAAGUUCAUCAUUACUACCAGUGAUCUAUAUUAUAAACUAAAUAAUGUAUGUGGAUCUGUCUAUGUUUCCAAUUGGAAGUAUUUUAAGCCAGACAUAUGAGGAGCAUUUGAAGGA